GCCAGCAUCAACUCUCUGUGAUCCUUCUGGGACCCGAACAUCUAAUACACAAUGGCAAGUGCAAUGAGAUCCUGGACCGUGCUUGCGGCUCUUGUCAUGUGUGUUAUAGUGUGUCUGAGCAGCCUGGCUGAAGCUUACCCACCUAAACCUGAACCUCCGGCGGGAGAAAUGGGUCCAGAAGAGCUGGCCAAAUACCACACAGCACUACGGCACUACAUCAACCUUAUCACACGACAGAGAUAUGGUAAGAGAUCGACUUCUGAGGAUGCUGUGGCCGAGUUGCUGUUUGGUGAUGAUGAACAAGACUUUAGACCCCGUGUUGAAGACAGUCUGGUUUGGUGAUGUCACUCGUCUCUCCUCCUCUUCGCUGGUGCACUGGCUUUCUUCAUCCAUUCAUCUGAGUGAUCAUAAAUGAGUUUACUGAAACCAGAAUGAGCCGAACCCUCUUUACAGAGAGGGCUUUAAAACACCUCAUAAUCUAUCUUGUCCUCCUCUUUCUGUUUCUCUCUCUUUCUCUCUUGAUCUCAUGGUUUAAUUUUUGCUUUGUGAAA